CUUGUUUUUAGAUGGGGUAUAAAUAAGUCUAAGCUUUGCAGCUAAGCACCAAGCAACACACAACAUAGCAACGACAUUGAGAGCGAGAGUUGUAGUGGAUAUGUUUGCUCCAAAGAAUUUCAGGGUUGGGAGACACUGGAAGUCGAUUUCCAUGAUGGAGGGAGAUGGUGUCAUUAGAUGCCGUCAAGAGGCAGCUAUUAUUGAUUGGAGAAGUCGGACUCAACCACGAACAGGGGCGGACCCAGGAAGUUUAUCUUGGGAGGGCGGUAACUUAAAAAAUAUAUUUUUUGGGAGGGCGAAAAUUAUUUUUUGGUAUAUAUAUACACUAAAAAAAAAUUUGUUGGAGGGGCCACUGCCCCCUGGGUCUCUACUACGGUCCGCCCCUGACCACGAAGCAAGAUGCCGUCAAUUAGAUGCAAAUUGGGAUUAACCUAUGACUCUCAAUGUGAAUGAACACAAAGAGCAUCAGAUCCAUCGAUGAAUCUCUGAAGCAGAUCAAGUAGAGGGCGAUUCUAAUAUGGAAGAUAAGAGGUGAGAGCAUCAGUUUAACCGGUGUAUCUUUGGCUGAACGAAAGAGGCAGCUAUUGUUGAUUGGAUAAUGAGCUUAUAUACUUGGGGUUAGGUAGAUGCCAAUUUUUUAGAUCCAAUAUACUUGGUUAAUGGCUUAAGUACUUCGCAUUUGUCGUAUUUUAAUGAGCAAGCCCGGAAGUUUUUAGGCGUGUAAUAUAAAGGUUGAGUUAGAUCCAAGUUUGGAUUGUGGUUGUUAUGUAAUUGGACCGAAUUGGAUCCUAAAUUGAAUGAAUUUUAUUCAUUUUAAC